AUGGAAUCGUUUCGCCAACGAUGUAGUGAGGAACCGGAGCGGAGCCACGUUUCUUCCCCGCGCACCACAAGGUUAGAUAGACAUCGCCGUGCGGAGGCACGCCGUGCACUGAGUGGCGACUUAAGACUGCAAAAUGAGUGUUUACAGGAGCAAUUGGAAUACUAUCACCUUAAGCAGUGGAAUGAGGAGGAGAAGGAGGCUGAGGCUGUUGCGGAGGCCAGACCAUUCUCGGCAGCAGUGCGAGAGGUGACCAUACCGGACGGUAUGACAAGCCUCGUGUUGAAGACGUACGACGGACGAACCAAUCCGCAAGAUCAUCUGCUACGUUUCAAUGUGAAGAUGGCGAUAUGCGCGGUUUCUAAUGCGGUAAAGUGUAGAAUACUUCCGUCCACAUUCCGAGGCGUAGCAAUGACCUGGUUUAUGGCCCUGCCACAAGGAUCCAUAAAGAAAUUCCGCGACUUUGCGUCGAAAUUUCUGGGCCAGUUCUCUGCCGGCGAGGUCGAGGAUCUGUUUCAGAUUCGGCAGGAGGAGCGAGAGACGUUGAAGCAGUACACGGAACGGUACAGCGCCGCGUCCGCAAGAUUUGAAGAGGCGGAACCUCGGACAUGCGUAUGCGCUUUUAAGAGCGGAUUGACGUCAGGAAAGGUGAGCUGCGAGCUGGGUAGGAAACCAGCGCGCUCAAUGACGGAGGUAAGCGCCCGAGCGAGAGACUACAUCAUAGAAGAAGAGGACAACGCAUGUAAGAGGAAACGCGUGAGGGCGAUAAAGGUGUCGCUGGCGAGGAAACGGAUACAGGACAAGGAAGCAAGUAAUGUGCGGAAGGUUAAGGAAGUUGGCCAAUUAAUUAAGAAAUUCAAGGGAAAGCCACUUUAUUCGAGAAAAGAGAGCGUGGAGCGCAAGCGCUCUCGGCGAGCAACUAACUCUCGCCGACGAAAGAGGCCAGAGGGGGACGCGAGCGAUGAAUUGGAAAAGUCACUCCUGGAGGCGACAAUUGUGGAAACAGGCGAGGAUGGCGAGUACGGAAUUCACCCCUGGCAUGACGUCAAGGGUCGGUCCAAGUGGUGUGAAUAUCACAACCUGGAAGGCCAUAACACCAGUGACUGUUUAUCUCUGAAGGGCCAAAUUAAGCAGUUGAUCAAGGUGAGGCAACCACGGGUCGUAGGACAUGGGUUGGACAGGGACAACAUAAAGCGAGCGCCAAAUGCAGGAAAUGAGAAGAUAAAUAUGGCGAAAGAGAAGAAAGCAGAGGAAGACGUCGACGACAGGGGUGGAGCGAUAGCCAGAACGGUUAAUGCAAUCACAGGGGGCCCUUACGGCGGCGACAUCACAUCAGCGGCAAGGCAAAAGCAGGUAGAGGCGGUGGCAUCGGUCCAGGGAUAUCCAGCUCCAUUUGGGUGCCAACACCCAGAUAUAGUAGUAUCAUCCGCAGAUUUUGAGGGAAUCAAGGCCCAUACAGAUGAUCCGUUGGUGGUAAUGGUAAGAAUUAAUGGGUUGAAUGUGUUGAGGGUGCUUUUGGACCAAGGCAGCUCAGCAGAUAUCAUCUACGGGGACGCGUUCGGAUAG